UAACAUAUCCAAGUGCAAACGGGGGGGGAAAUGUCAUUUCAGGUCGUUUCCUUUUAAUUUACCUAAUAUUUUUUAACAAACGAGAAGGCGUCCGAGUAAAAGGGCAGAUAUUUUGAAGCUGAAGUUUACGGGAAUAUUUAAUUGCAUUUAUUUGAGAGUUGGCUAAUAGCUUGAAUAUGCAAAACUACGCACAGGCUGUUAAGGACUUUGUAGAGAACCAUGCGACUGGGCUCACAGUAGCCUUUGUGACAGGGGUAGGCGUGUUGGCCUUCCGAAGAUGGAUGGCAGGCAGCGUGUGUCGGAGCAAGGUCAGGCUGGAUGGCAAAACAGUCCUGAUCACAGGAGCUAACACUGGCAUUGGGAAGGAGACCGCUAUGGACAUGGCUCAGAGAGGGGCCAGAGUAAUCUUGGCCUGCAGAGAUAUGACCAAAGCCCGAAUCGCAGCAGAUGAGAUUCGUCAAAAGAGUGGGAAUGGCAACGUGACGGUGAAGAAACUGGACCUCGCCUCCCUGCAGUCUGUCAGAGACUUUGCUAAAGAUGUCCAGGAGAACGAGGACCGCUUGGACGUCCUGAUCAACAAUGCAGGCAUUAUGAUGUGUCCGAAGUGGAAAACCGAGGAUGGUUUUGAAAUGCAGUUUGGUGUGAACCACUUGGGACAUUUUCUCCUCACCAACUGUCUCCUUGAUUUGCUGAAGAAGUCUGCUCCAAGUCGCAUUGUCAUUGUCUCAAGCCUUGCACACGAGAGAGGUCGAAUACAUUUUGAUGACAUUAACCUUGAUAAAGAAUACAAACCAGAAAAGAGCUACUACCAAAGCAAGCUGGCAAAUGUUCUCUUUGCCAGAGAACUGGCUGCAAGACUGCAAGGCACCAAUGUGACCGUAUACAGUCUUCACCCUGGGGUCAUCCGCACAGAGUUAGGCCGCCAUUCGCUUCAAACCAUGGCUCUGUGGAAGAGGAUUUUGUUCUCAGUCCUUAUCUUUUUAAUUAAAAAUCCCUGGGAAGGAGCCCAAACUACCAUCUACUGCGCUGUGGACGAAAGUGCUGCAAACCAGAGCGGCCUCUACUACAGUGAUUGUGCCCUGAAGACACCGGCACCUCAUGCUCUGGAUGAUGCUGCAGCCAAGAAGCUGUGGAACCUCAGUGCCUCCAUGGUUGGACUGGCUUAAACACGGGAGCCUAGGAUGCUCCUACAGUGGCUACCAUUCCUGCUGUAGAGUUAGUAUUUUUGUUUAUUUGAAUGAAUAAUGCACUGAAAUCCUUCAUUAUAGUCCAACAGGUUGAAGGGUUUUACUUUACAU